AUGUGCAAGCAUAUACUAAACGCCCAAGUCUCCAUCCGAUCGCCAUGCUGCAAGAAAUGGUUCGACUGCGCAGAAUGCCACCACGAGAAAGAAUCGCACCAGCUGCUGCAGGCCUUCGAGAUGACGUUCGCGUGCAAGAAGUGCAAGAAGUGCUUCCGCAAGGACGCGCAGGAGUUCGAGGAGGCCGACGAGUACUGCCCGCACUGCGACAACCACUUCGUGCUCGAGGCCGUCAUCCCCAAGCCCGCCCUGACCGUCGAGGGCGGCGACGCCCGCAUGGACAACCGCAUGCUCAAGGAUGACCGGGUCAAGGAUGACAAGUUCAAGACGAUUUUUGAUAUUCAGGAUGAUGCGGAUAAGCUAGGCUGA